AUGGAUUCGUGUCUCGGAGUAGAGCAAGAUUUGGACAAAGCUACAUCGAAAUUUAAUGCUUUGAAUGACCAUACAAAUAAAGUUUUAGAAGACAUAAUCACUCAAGUUGAAGAUUUGAGAAAAGAAAUUUCUAAACAACCUCCGAACAGUCCCCUUACACAAACCCAAGCUAUGGUAUUGAGUGAUCUGGCAGCUAAUGUGAAGCAGACAGUUUUCCAAAUGUCAACAGAACAUCGUGAAUUACAUGCGACAGUCUCACGUGUGGGCAAGUCUAUCGACCGGCAUUUUAUUGUGGAUUACGCUUCAGUAGCACCAAAGGCCGAGUCAUUUUGCUCUGAUACCAAUCGACCCAUCAUGGAGCAGGCCAUCGCUCAGCAUUUGUAUAGAGAGGGCCUGGAGGAGGUGGGCGACGUGUUCGUGGAGGAGGCGGGGGUGGGCGCGGUGGAGCGCACGUGCGCGUUCGCGGCGCUGCAGCGCUGCGCGGCCGCGCUGGCGGCCGGUGACCCCGCGCCCGCGCUGCACUGGGCGCAGCGCCGCAGCCACCAGCUGCUGCACUCGCCGCUGCCCUUCGCGCUGCACACCGUGCACACGCUUAAGUUGGCCCGCGAGCAAGGCGUAGGGGCGGCGAUAGAGUACGCGCGCGAGCAGUUCCCGGCGCACGCAGCGCGCCACGAGAAGCAGCUGGCGGCCACCGUGUGCGCGCUCGCCUGGCUCACGCCGGGCGCUGGCCCGCCGCCCGCGCACUACCACCGCCUGCUGGACCAGCGCGCGCUCGGCGCAGAGGCAGCGGAGUUAUUCCUACGUGAAGCAUGUGCAUUACUCCGGUUGGCACCACUGUCGCCGUUGGCAGGAGCCGUGAUGGCGGGUGCCCGUGUGAUACCCGCCCUUCAUGACAUUCGAGCCAAAAUGACGCACCAACAUGUCGCCGCCGCUUGGGCCGACGAUGAGUUGCCACUUGAGGUGGAGUUGGGCGCGGAGGGCGGCGGUUACCACUCGGUGUUCGCGUGCCCCAUCCUGCGCCAGCAGGCGUCCGAUGCGAACCCACCCAUGCGCCUGCUCUGCGGACACGUCAUCUCACGAGACGCGCUGCACAAGCUCGCCAUGGGCGUCAAGUUGAAAUGCCCCUACUGCCCCAUGGAGCAAUCGCCAUCAGAAGCUCGACAAAUAUAUUUCUCCUAA